UCACCAUUUCAUGGCAGUGGCACGCAUUUGGGACUUGGACUUUUCGUGACAGCAUGUCAUUUUCGACAUUUGAUUGAUAAUUUUCCAAAGAUCCAUCAAAUUAGUUUGUUUGAAAGUUAGUUUAGGCGCUAAAUGUGUAUAUUUUUAAUUUUUCACGUUAAAAUAAGGAUGUGAGUGAUCGGGGUCCAUGUUUGGUUAGCGCGGCUAGGGUUCCCAAGAUGAGUGCUCAAAAAUGCGUUGUAGAGGGCUGCAAUUUGGAAUAUGAUGUGGUCUGCAGCUUUUCCUUCUACAAUGUCAACACCACAUCAGACACAGAUGACAAAAGACAAGACUGGAUCGAGGGUGCUAUGCAGGAGGAGAGCGAGUGCCUCUGGCGGCACGUUAACUUACAGUUGUGCGGGUACCACUUCGAGCUGGAUGCGCAAGGGCUAUGGAUAGACUCGCCCAUGUUGCCUGAGCUGCUGACGCCGCAGGAGCAGGCGGCGCCGGUGCAGCAGACGCCAGAACAGAAAAAAGCCGCCGACAUCAUUCGCAUAGAACACAACUACAGCAUGGAGUCGUGUAAAAAGGAACCGGAGGCCAUUUCGCGUCUCAACGUGAGACAGCUGGUCGACACGCUGGGUUACCUUUCAUUGAAGAAUCUACAGAAAAAGCAACUGUGGGUUGUGAAGGUUGAAAGUGAUAAAGCGGAAGCUUCCAUCACUCAGUCGGAGCAGGUCAUCACCAAAAUGCCUGAUCCCAAACAGAUUAUAGAGAUCAUACCACAAACGUCUACCUCCGGCCAGACAGAGGGCGAGGUGGAUCCGAACCUGCAGAACCAGAGCGAGGUCCUACAGAUCAUGGACGACGGCAACAUCUCCGAUAACUUCAUAUAUGAAAUAGCCGAAGAGCAGGAGAUAACCAUGGAGGAGGUCAAGGAGAUACCGGCUUCCGAACACCAGGAGUGGACGGUGAACAUCAUCCCGGACGACACCAAGCCGAAGUACGCGUACAUCAAACAUUGCAACAGCGGCAAGAAGAAGAGGCACUUCACCACAGAGAUGAACGAGAUAACGCUCCACGGCGACUUCGAGAACUACUACAUACUGCCGGACGUCGAUCCGUCCGUCGGCGUGGAGAUCACCACCAGCUACGAGCCGGAGAGCUUCAUCGUCGAGGAGUACCCGCACCUGGUGCUCGAGGAGCGGCCGAGGAAGUCGAGGGAGGAGAGGAAGCGGAAGAAGAAGUCGCCCACCGUCCGGGAGCAGGUGAAGCAGAUCAAGACGGAGAUUGGCGAGGACUGGGUGGUGGAGAACAACAUAUACGACCAGGACGCCUCCGAGGACUAUGAUGAGAAGAAAGCGGCGCGCGUCCGGAGGAAAAAUAAGAAAUACCUCGGGUACGAUUUUGUGACUUAAUUCCGGCUGUUGGACGGAUCGGUGUGGUUUCGGUAUGAUGUCCCUGUGUCCGUGUGUGCUAAAUUAUAUACAACUAGCCUUUGCCCGCGGCUUCGUACGAGUUUAAUUUCCCCGUUGGUGGUUUAAUUGAUGUUAUUAUACAUACAAACAUAUAAAUCUAUUGGAAAAGAACGCCUUAAAAUCCGUUUUGUAUGCAUACAGAGAUUUAGCCUCAUACAGCUGUAUUAUCUGAAUGAUAUGUGACACCGUAGCGAAACAGCCGGUUUAUCCACGUGUCGAUGAGAAAAAAACGCUAAUGUUUUUAAUUUCUUUCCAGUAUGAAUGGCCUUAAAUGAUGAUACUGGCUUAGUUUUUACAACGUACUCUCGUGGGCGCCACAACGAUUCACAGCGCCGGCCACACAGCUCCCUCAGAGUUUAAUAUAUUAUAAUAAUGAUGAUGAUGAUAGUGUAUUUUGUUUCUUUCGCUUCCUCAAUAAUCAUUAGUGUAUGUUUAGUGAUGUCGAAACGCGUCUACCCGCUCUGUUUUAGUUCUGCGUAAAAAAUUAGUUUUUUUUUAUCCACGGCAAACUUAAAAAGAAAAAAGUGUAAAUUGCGGGUAGAUUCGUUUUACUGGAGUUCGUUUGAAGUCGGUAUUUAGGAUAGAUAUUUUUUUUUUAAAUAUUGACCGCUUACUUAGUUUAAGAUGAUUUUUUUUUCAUAUAUUAUGUUGUUGGGAUAGUGUAAAAUAGACGUUUAGAAUUGAUUGCGAGUUCUAUCGGCUGGCUCGCCAUUUAUUGAUGCAAUUCUAGGUGGUAAGAAUUCACGAAAAUGCUAAAGUUGAAACCGGGCCACGGAUGUACGGAAAAAUAAGAGUACUUUUUUUGAAGUCGGUUAAAAUUUGAUGAAACAACUAUCGUAUCAUUGUUAGGCAUCAAAUCUGAUGCAAACGCUUUCAUCAAGACGAGAAAAUAAAGUAUUUUAUUUGAAUAUUGUGUCGCAAUGUAUUUUAUUUUAUUUGGUAGCCAGUCGAUAAUUUCUUAAAUUUAGAUAAAUAUGUUUGCCAAAAAAGAAAUCACUUCAUCAAAAUUAAAGAUUCAUUAUGAGAUAAACUUGAAAUGUUAUUUAUUUACAUCAACAAACUAUUAAUAAAUAGGCACUAAGGUUUUUAACUAACUAAAAAGUUUAUAUUAUUUAAAGACGAUAAGUUUUGUUUUAAAAUUGUGUUUUUGAUUGUGGAAAUGAAAAAUCGAGUUUUAAGCAAAAGCUUAUUGACCACUUUUCGCGCUAAAUUUAAUAAUUAGUAAUUAAAGAAUUGUGAAUAAGUUAACACAACACUUUUUACGUUUGGGAUUUGGAAUAAAUUUAGAACAUUACGCUCUUUUGCACAGUUGGUAUGUUAAUUAUAGACAUUGCAGAUCAAGGGCCAGGUUCACGACUUGCCGAUAAAAUCUCUGAUAGCUUAUUUAACUUUACUUUAUGUCAUUUUAACUGACAGAUAAGCUAAAGAAAACAUAUCUGGAAGUUGUGACACUGGCUGUUAAAAUUAUAUAAUGAAAUUCAUCGCCUUCAAUUGUAAUUAAAGAAAGUGUAUAAAUUUUCUUCUCAUCUGUACAGAUUGUCGCUUUAAAUCAUAAGCUUAGAUUAUUAGAAAUUAUACCAUAAUUAUGUUUUGGUUUUCGUUAAGUACUGAAUAUAAGACUAUUUUAAA